UAGCUGUGUGUUUGCGAGAUGUCUGGGCGCGGAAAGGGUGGCAAGGGGCUGGGGAAAGGUGGUGCUAAGAGACAUCGCAAAGUGCUGCGGGAUAACAUCCAGGGCAUUACGAAGCCUGCGAUCCGCCGCUUGGCUCGCCGCGGCGGGGUGAAGCGCAUCUCGGGGCUGAUCUACGAGGAGACCCGCGGGGUGCUGAAGGUUUUCUUGGAGAACGUGAUCCGCGACGCGGUGACUUACACGGAGCACGCCAAGCGGAAGACGGUGACCGCCAUGGAUGUGGUGUACGCCCUGAAACGCCAGGGGCGCACCCUGUACGGCUUCGGAGGCUGAGUCGGCUCUUGACUCCAAAAACUCAUUUUCUAAGGUCCUUUUAAGGGCCACCCACCGGUGCACGGAAAGAGCUGGGUUUGCUCAGACUGGGCAGGGGCAGGGUUGUGGGGUCUGUGUGUAAAUUACAGGCUUGGCUGGCUUUACGUUUUGAGCGUUUUCUGGCUAAAUUGGUCUUUUAAAUGCUACAAACCCACUGCACAAUUAAUGCUUCAUUGCUACUUUGCUAGCAGUCUCUUGCGGUCUGCUUUUGCGCCUGUUAUCAUUUACCAUUCACAGUUCUCUACAGUAGUUCACUCUGCUCCUACAAAACAUUAGUCCCGUAUGUUACCCAGAGAUCCACAUUCUGCUGACUGGGAUAUGCUACCCUGUUGGCACAUCCGUGCAGCGGGAAUCUGUCCCCUCUGGGACCUGGUCCAGCCACUGAUCCUGCAGCUGCACCUAGCUUCCUGCACACUCCGUGGGUCAGUUCUGGCCAGACCCAGGAAAUUCAGACUCUGCCUCUGGUUACAUUUGUGCCGCUAUGAAACUUCUUAAAGCGGCUGGUGAGGUGUUGUUUUGCUUCAGCACCCAGGAGCUUUAGCUGCACCCAGAGAUCCCUUGGCUUUCCAAACUCCCACCUGAGCUGCUGGGGGUGGCUGCCAUGCUCUGCUCCACCCCCUUGCUCCCCUGGUUCCUCCACCAGGCACUGGGGGGAGCUCCCGUGUCCCUGGGGGCCCAGGAAGGUGGCUGAAUGGCCUGGUGCAAUGGAGGGGAGUCUGAGACACUUGGAAGCAUAGCACAGUGGAGAAGGGCUGGGUCCCCUGGUGAGCCCCUGGCAGUACAGGCUCCCAAGGGUGAGGUUUGCACAGAAUAAGCACCAUUCUGGCACCCCCUUGUUGCCUCUGUCCCUAAAACUGGGCACCCAAAUUCUCAGUAGAACUCGGGGGCCAGGAGCCCAGAACUCCUAAGGCCUGCCUAGGUGAGUCCUGGGGUUGGACGGGAGGGGGCUGCCAAUGGCUGAUACAUGACAGCAUCAAAAGUGCCCGUUGACCUGUAGGGUUGUUAGCGUGUUCAUGAUUCAAAUCCACAUUAAACUUGAAGCUGGCCUGGCCUGAUUAAAAACAUGACCCACCACUUCCCAGUGAAACAGAAAACUUUAUUGGGGGGGGCGCGCGCGGGAGGGAUGAAAAACCAAGUGCAGCAUGAGGAGAAAUCGGGAGCCAGAAACAGGUUC